GGAGCCUCCGCACCAGCAGCUGGGCUGGGAGCAUGGGAAAGCUGACCCAAUAAAGACAGAUCAAGUGAGAGAGGGCUGGAGCACAGCCGGGAGCCAUCCUGCGUGUGCAGUAGGACACUAGCACUGAGCAGCAGGUUUUCCCAAAUAGCUGAGUCCUCAGCUCCUGGGGAAGAUGAGUAUUUCGUCAGAGCACAAGCCCCUUGGGAAGCAGGUCACCGGCAGCCUGCAUACGGUGAGUAAGUUGUCACCAAUUGUGGAGUUAAAUGUUGGUGGGGAGAUGUACACAACAACGCUGAGCACCUUGAAGAAACACCCUGGCUCCAAGCUGGCAGAGAUGUUCACUGGCCAGCCCAAACUCAGGACUGACUCUGAGGGGAGGUUCUUCAUUGACAGGCCAGGCACCUACUUCAAAUACAUCUUGGAGUACCUGCGCAGUAAUCAAGUGCCCACCCAGUGCAUCCAAGAUGUCUACAAGGAGGCAUUGUUCUAUGACAUAGAGCCUUUGAUCAAGCAGCUUGAGGACUCCCCACAGAUCUUUGGGGAGCUCGUGGCGAGGAGGCAGUUUCUGGCUCGUGUGCCCAACUACAGCGAGAACAUCGAGCUGAUGAUCCGCAUCGCGAGGGCAGAAGCAGUUGCAUCCCGACAGUCCGGCGUCAUCGUAUGUGUGGUCAGAACUGAGGAGGAUGCCGCCAGGUGUCAGGAUGCCUUGAACAGUUUGGACAUGGAUAAAAAAUCUGUGGUGAAGUUUGGCCCCUGGAAGGCUGUGCCAAGUAUUUCUGAUCUGCUGGACUGCAUUCAAAUGGAUAUAGAAGCCAAAGGGUAUAAAAUAUCUUUUCAGCCCCAUGUUGCUGAAAAAGGUUUUCGUUUCAAAUCGCACGACUUCUUCUAUAAGUUCCUGUUCACCUGGUGGUAGCAAAGUGCCACCAUUGACAGGGAACAUUAGAAAGCAAUUACUGGAACAAAUUAACCUGGACUGUGGAGACUAAGCUGUGGGUUACCAGAGGGACAGGAAGAAAAGCACAGGCCAAGGAAAGGAUCUCCUUUGGCUAUCUGCCAUAUCAAAGAGCACUUAACAGCCACUUUACUUGGGCUUUAGGGGAUUUAAAAGGCUCCAGAAAAAGGAAGAAUUUUACUCCUCAGUGUUGCUUACUAUUCAUUCAGUUCAAAGAGAUGGAUCUGUGGAUUGAGCCAACUUCACUCAACCUAAGGGAAAUGAAUAAUCCCAAAUAUGUUUCAUGGACAUGUCGAGUUGCUCUCUUAGUGCAAAUGGGAAUAGGCCACAUACAUGCAAAUCCUGGCUGAAACAGUGACAUUACCACAUACUCAAAUUAAAUUCAGUUUCUUGAUGGGAAGGCAAAAGCUAUUCUUCUCCCUCCUUUCUACACUAGAAUCUGGGUUAAAAAGGAAGGAUUCAGUGUCCUAUGAUCUCUUCUUAUUCCUCCAGUAGACAGCCUACUCUCUAGUCAAUGUAUUUAUUACUAUUAUUUAUUAUUUGUUCUGAAGACAGAGAACCUCAGCUACAGUCCAGGAUCAACAAAAGGCCAAAAUACCAUCACAGAUGUGAGGAGUUUAUAAUCUAAGGACACACACUCCUCUUUCAGACCACAUGAUCUUAAUCUCUUUCUUAUGGCACUUGUUAUUAUGAUGUUGCUAUUUCUAACUGCAUAAGCGCCUAGAAGAAUUGGGAAAACCUGCCAUGAUUUGGUGGGAAGGAAGUGGUACUAAAGCAACAGUCUGCAAAUUCUCUUUUACAGAACACAAGUUGCAUUCUACAAUGUGUUUUAAAAAAAUCUUAGAAUUUGAAAGUUUAUUUUUAUACUGGAGAUGGCUCGGGUU